GCGGGCGGGGGAUUCGCCAAUGGAGGGGAUUCAAAGAGGGCUCAUCUCUACGAGUACAAGAUUACUGCCUAUUUCAUCUUCGCUUGCAUAGUUGCCGCUCUUGGAGGCUCUCUCUUCGGCUAUGAUCUCGGAGUUUCUGUUGGGAGUUUAAUUACCAGAAGUGGGUUGAUGAGAGGAAUAACAAAUCUUUUGAUUUGGGAAGAUUGGUGGGGUUUCAUGAUGAUUUUCCCCAGAAAAUUGGGGAGAUUAGAGAGGAUAUGGCGUUUGUGGAAAAUAGUCAGCCAUCCAAUUUUGACGAGAGAGCAUCUUUUUGUAGCUGUCAGUUCUUCUUUCCACGGCAACAAGACAAAAUUUAGCAAUUGUUUUUCACUGAUUUUGUUUGCCAGUUCAGUCCUUCUGACCUUUCGAUCGUCCGUAGGCUCAAACAAGCAAUAGGGAGUGCUUUAGAAUAUCCGCAGGUGGAGUUACUUCCAUGGAUGAUUUCUUGAUAGAAUUCUUCCCAAAAGUUUACAGAAGGAAGCAUGCGCAUCUCAAGGAGACAGAUUACUGCAAAUAUGACAACCAAAUUCUCACCCUUUUCACAUCGUCCCUAUACUUUGCAGCUUUGGUCUCAACAUUUGGAGCCGAAGCUCUUACCAGGAAGAAGGGCCGACGAGCCAGUAUCCUUGCCGGAGCAGUCAGCUUCUUUCUGGGUGGACUCAUGAAUGCAUUUGCAAAGAACAUUGCAAUGCUCAUCGUCGGCAGAAUCCUUCUCGGAAUAGGUAUAGGAUUCGGUAACCAGGCUGUUCCUCUGUAUCUUUCAGAGAUGGCACCGGCAAAGAUCCGAGGAGCAGUUAAUCAGCUGUUCCAACUGACGACUUGCCUGGGAAUUCUCAUCGCGAACUUCAUCAACUAUGGGACCGAAAAGAUCCAUCCUUGGGGGUGGAGAUUGUCCCUCGGCCUGGCUACAGUCCCGGCUACUCUGAUGUUUGUUGGCGGGCUCUUCCUCCCGGAGACCCCCAAUAGUCUGGUGGAACAGGGGAGACUCGAAGAAGGAAGGCGAGUGUUGGAGAAAGUGCGAGGCACAACAAACGUUGAUGCAGAGUUUGCUGAUCUUCUCGAUGCAAGCAAUGUGGCACGGGCCAUCAAGAACCCGUUCAGGAAUCUCCUGAAGCGAAAGAAUCGCCCACAGUUGGUGAUCGGUGCUCUGGCAAUUCCUGCUUUCCAGCAACUCACCGGCAACAACUCCAUACUCUUCUAUGCCCCGGUAAUAUUCCAGAGUUUGGGCUUUGGUUCGGGGGCUGCUCUCUAUUCAUCUGCCCUCACAAGCGGCGCACUGGUUAUUGCUGCAUUGAUAUCGAUGGCAUUGGUCGACAAGUUUGGUCGAAGAGCCUUCUUUUUGGAAGCUGGUGCUGAAAUGAUCGCCUGCAAUGUGGCUGUAGGCAUUACUCUGGCCAAGGAAUUUGGGGAAGGAAAGAUGCUGCCAAAAGGCGUAGGCGUCCUCCUCGUCGUUCUGAUCUUCAUGUUCGUGCUAGCUUAUGGAAGGUCGUGGGGUCCUCUCGGAUGGUUGGUCCCUAGUGAGCUCUUUCCCCUCGAGACAAGGUCAGCCGGCCAAAGCAUUGUCGUCUGUGUCAAUAUGAUCUUCACAGCGCUUAUCGCGCAGUGUUUCCUUGCAUCGCUCUGCCACCUGCAAUACGGGAUCUUCUUGCUGUUUGCCGGCUUGAUCGUCAUAAUGAGCUGCUUCGUCUUCUUCUUGUUGCCAGAGACAAAGCAGGUUCCCAUAGAAGAGAUCCAUUUUCUGUUCGAGAACCACUGGUUCUGGAAGAGAUAUGUUGGCUCUGGCGAUGAGGAUGAGAAGCCUGUGCCACCAGCAUGAAAUUUCUGGGAAAAGCACAAAACAAUUGCAACAAUUUGGAUGCUUAUAGCUAGUUCUUUAGUUUUUCUAUCUCAAGUAAUUGUUAGUUUAGGAAGAAUACUGGGAAAAUCUCAUGCUUUAGAAAUUGUGAGCUCUCUCUGGAUUGAUAAUUCAGCAAUGAGAGGGAUAAGCAAUUGUAUAGAAUAUGGGAUCUUGCUGCUGCUUGCGAGCUUGAUUGUUAAAUUGUUAGUGUUUCUUCCUUACAAUAGUGAAUUUUUAUACAGAAUGAAACGCCUUUCUAAUUUCUUUCCUUCCAAACACAAAGUUCAGAUAGACCGCUUUCGUAAGUUUUUACAACCAGCUAAACUUUUUACUCAAAUAAAAGUGUCUUCGGCGCAAGAGGCUCUCGGCCCUGAAA